UUAAAGAUACUUGUCCUGUAGUUCUCUCUCACUCUCUCUCAGAUCUCUCAUCUCACCGGAUCUUUCUGGAUUUAGUCACUGAAGAUUCAGCUCAGUCCAUGAAGAGAGAAGGACGCAGACAGAAGAGUGUGUGAGCGUCUCCCUGAAGAGACUCUUUCCGGCCAAAUCCAGACAAUAGCACUCUUUGAUCCGCGAUGCGUCCCUCCGGAGUCCUGCUGGUGGCCGUCGUAUCCUGGGUGCUGAUUGGAGGAGGAAGCUGUCAAUCAAACUCAUCCGCUGCCCCCCCCGGCUCAGGUCAGCGGUCAAGCGGCGUGACCUCUGACCCCAGAGGGGCGGGGUCGGUCCGCGUCCGGCCGCUGUCGCUGCCCCCGGCGUGUCUGAGGAGGACGUACAUCGAGGGCUUGUUCAAAUACGUCAACACCGUCCUGUCCUGCCUGAUCUUCGUGGUGGGGAUGCUGGGAAACGCCACGCUGCUGAGGAUCAUCUACCUCAACAAGACCAUGAGGAACGGCCCGAACGCUCUGAUCGCCAGCCUGGCGCUGGGAGACCUCAUCUACAUCGCCAUCGACAUCCCCAUCAACGUCUACAAGCUGCUGGCGAUGCGGUGGCCCUUUGAUGACAGCAUGUUCGGUCUGUUUCUGUGCAAACUCAUGCCAUUUCUACAAAAAGCAUCAGUCGGAAUAACAGUCCUCAAUCUGUGUGCACUCAGUGUGGACAGGUACCGGGCGGUGGUGUCCUGGAGCCGUGUUCAGGGUGUGGGGAUCCCCGUGUGGACGGCGGUGGAGAUCGUCUGUAUCUGGCUGCUGGCUGUAGUUCUGGCCGUUCCGGAGGCCAUCGGCUUCAAAAUGGUCAGCUUCGACUACAACAACGUCACCAUCCGCACCUGCAUGCUGAAACCAGAGACGCCCUUCAUGACGUUCUACAGGGACGUGAAGGUCUGGUGGUUGUUUGGUUUCUACUUCUGCGUGCCGCUGGUGUGUACGGCCGUCUUCUACACACUCAUGACCUGUGAGAUGCUGAGCAACAGAAAGGGCAGCCUCAAGUUUUCUCUGAGCGAACACCUCAAGCAGAGGCGUGAGGUGGCGAAGGCUGUGUUUUCUCUGGUGCUCAUCUUCGCUCUCUGCUGGUUUCCGCUGCAUCUCAGUCGCAUCCUCAAGAAGAUGGUUUACUUCCAGAACGACGUCGGCCGCUGUGACCUGCUGAAUUUCUUGCUGGUGUUUGACUACCUGAGCAUAAAUCUGGCCACCAUCAACUCCUGCAUCAAUCCCAUAAUCCUCUACUUCGUCAGCAAGAAGUUCAAGAACUGCUUCCGGUCGUGUCUGUGCUGCUGGUGCUAUCCGGCCGGGUCUCUCUUGAGCGUCGUGCCUCUGAACGGGACCAGCUUCCAGUACAAGAGUCCUGAUCAGAACGGCCUGUCGGACCGGACCGCGCUGCGCAAGGACAGCUACAACUGACCUCACACACACACACACACACACACACACACAGAGACAUGGACAUGCGUAUUUAUAUUAUUAUAUCAAACUGUGUGCACACUAUUAAGACAAAGAAAGUGCUUCUUUUUUGGUGUAGUCAUCAUAUUUUGUAAACUUAGACGUGUUUUCAAUGAGCUGUAAGUGAUUUCCCAAACUGCCCAGCUAACAGGGAACGUUCUCAGAACGUUCCGGAAAGGUUUUCUCAAAGUUAUAAACAAACUCUCUUCCAUUAAGGUUCAUGGAACGUUCAUUUAAAGUUAUCUGGUCCUUAAUAACGUUCUCAGAACGUUCUGGAAAGGUUUUGUCGAGGUUAUAAACAAACGCUCUUCCAUGAACGUUUAUGGAACGUUUAUUUAACGUUCUCAGAAUGUUCUGGAAAGGUUUUCUCAAAGUUUAUGGAACGUUAAUUUGAAGUUAUCUGGUCCUUAAUAACCUUCUCAGAACGUUCUGGAAAGGUUUUCUCAAAGUUAUAAACAAACGCUCUUCCAUGAACAUUUCUGGAACGUUUAUUUAACGUU